AUGGUUUUUCAUUGGUCAAAUCCUAGAGAUUCUUAUAUUUGGAAUUGGAAUUUCGAUUGUUGGUUGCACUUGCCUUCGUUAUUUUACGGUAAGCGAAAAUUUGAGGUUAAAGCCAAAUUGGACCUGGUGGUAGUAUUAUCAAUUUCUGAUGUAAAGAAAGCAAAAGAUGAUAAAGACUUGCCAGGAGAAGCUCUAUACGAGAACCCCGGG